GCUUUUGCUCAUGUGUUUGAGGGGCCAACGGUGGUUUCAUCAGAACUGUCCAAAAAUCUUCAUGACGGGAGCUCUUUUAAAAUCUUCUCUUUGGCAUACGGAAUACCUUAAUCCUUUUAUUGUAUUCCAACACGGUAUUACGGAGAUCCUGUUGACCAAAAAAACCCGUUUCCAGGAUAUGCUCAUCGUUCGAACAGGGGCUUAUGGAAAGGCUUUAAUUCUGGAUGGAAAGCUUCAAGUUGCUGUGGAGGAUGAGUUUUUUUAUCACGAACCAUUGGUUCACGUUCCUGCUGUUCUUCACGGUGAUCCUCGAAGUGUUCUAGUUUUAGGAGGAGGUGAUGGAUGUACAGUUCGUGAAGUCCUCAAGUGGAAUACAGUUCAAACAGUACUACUAGUUGAUAUAGAUAAGGAAGUUGUUGAAGCGUGUGAGGAAUUUCUGCCAGAACUCCAUCAAGGUGCUUUUCAUGAUCCCAAACUAAAGGUAUUCUUUGAAGAUGGUCUUAAGUUCAUUGAUAAUUGUCAUCACAAAUUUGAUCUUAUUAUAAGUGACUUGACUGACCCUCUUGAGGAUGGUCCAUCCUUUUUUUUGUUCACAGAAGAGUUUUUUCGAAAAGUGAAGACGUUGUUGAAUCCAGGUGGGAUAUUUGUGACGCAAGCUGCCUCAGUUUCGCUUCCGGAGGAGCCUUUGCAUCCUCGAAUUGUAAAAACCUUGAGCAAAGUUUACGCAAGUGUUGAUUCUAUUCAAAGCUUUAUUGGAUCUUAUGGUUCUCCAAUUGGUUUUGCCAUGGCGAGUGACAAACCAAUAGAAACAGACUUAACUAGACAUCAUAUAGAAGAGAUAUUGUUUUCACACGUGAAACGUGAUUCGCUAAAGCUUAUGGAUGGCCGUUCCUUUCAAGGUUUUGUAGGAACUCCACUGGUCCUUCGUCGUGCCAUAGAAAUGGAAACGAUCACUUAUUCGCAGCAGCAUUUGCCGAAGGCCUUUGGAGGGCAACAUGUGGAUUACGCAGAUUAAGGACCUUUUAGGAUCGUUGGAAUAAACAUCUUAUGAUGAAUGGCUUACUCAAAUUUUUGUACUUCAAUAGAAAUCUUUUCUAUUU